AUGACUCCUACCACAACCACAGUACCUACUACUACUCGAACAACAACUCCUACCACAACCACAGUACCUACUACUACUCGAACAACAACUCCUACCACAACCACAGUACCUACUACUACUCGAACAACAACAACUACAACCAGAACAACUACGUCUCGAAGACCACCAGCAACUACUACGACACUCAUUACAACUACAGUCUUUGUUUUAAAGACAACACUUGCAGUCCGGAAGAACCCCGACACGGAGAGUGUCCCGGACAAUCGUCCUAGCGCUGUGGCGAUUGGAGCUUUCGGGAUCUUCAUUCUGGCUGCCAUCUUGGUUACGAUAUUUCUCUUGGAUAUUGGCACGUUUGUGAAACACUUCAGAUGGAUGCGGAGAAAUAUCAGAAGCUUCUGCCGCCGGCGUCGUGAGGACAGGAAGGUUAUUUUCGACAGUGACGACGACAAAUUGUAG